AGAACAUCAGGCGGUAGUGUACGGCUUUGUAUGAGGUUUCUAUUAAUAAAAAGGGUGUAUUAAUGGGAACUUUGUUAUAUAUACAGCAGAGCCAUGGUUAUGGUCUGGUGACGGAACGACUCAACUACACAUCAUUACAGUUUCAUCAUUACCACAAACAAGAAGAACCACUACACAAACGAGCAUGCAUACACUGACGGCCCUUUUGCUUCUGCCGUUUGCCCUCGCGCUGCCAGCGUCAAACACCCUCCUCUCCAACAGGGCGGCCCAGUGCAGCGGCCACACUUUUGCACACAUCUACGGCUACGAGGACGGCUGCUGGACCGGCUUCCAAAAGUUUAGCUACGAGCUUUCCGAGAGUGGCUGUUGGUCGCGCGUUGCCAACACGGACAAUCGCGUGCACUACAUCACUUCGGACCUUUCGGGCGAUUGCCACCGCAUCGGCUUGUGGUACUACAAGGGUCGCGAGGCGACGGGGGAUUUUGUGAAAAAGACCAUGGCUCAUGGCGAGUGCGUGAAUAUUAACACGGGCUGGGCUGUCGAGUCUAUCAAGAUGGAGUGUCUAGGUGCAUAGGGUUGGAUUUGGGGCUGAGUAUAUAGCAUGGUUGGCUGCAGAGUCUGGGUCGAGAUGUCUAUAAUUCCAAUUCAUGUUGCUCUUUUUAAUAGCAGGUUGUUUUUAUAUGUAUUUUUUGUAUUGUACGAAGUUUCUGCUGUUUAGGACUGUUCAAAAUAUCAUGGUUGGAUUCGGCUCUGUCAACUUCCUCAUAGUCUACACCAACUAGUGCAUGAGUAGACAAACAUCAGCGGGCGCAGCUUUCUUUGGUCUGCUAGUUUCAAAGGUACAAAUAGGAUAUAUUCUCCCAAAUUGAAUACAAUUCUGCUCUUAAU